UGUGCGUGUUACCACCAUGGAUGCUGAGCUGGAGUUUGCCAUCCAGCCCAACACUACAGGGAAGCAACUCUUUGAUCAGGUCGUCAAGACAAUUGGUCUAAGAGAGGUCUGGUUUUUUGGACUUCAGUAUCAGGACACCAAGGGCUUCUCAACAUGGCUGAAAUUGAACAAAAAGGUAACAGCACAAGAUGUACGUAAAGAAAGCCCCUUGCUUUUCAAAUUCCGUGCCAAGUUCUACCCAGAGGAUGUGGCAGAAGAGCUGAUCCAGGACAUCACGCAGCGCCUUUUCUUCCUCCAAGUGAAGGAGGCAAUUCUGAAUGAUGACAUUUAUUGCCCUCCAGAAACAGCUGUCCUUCUGGCUUCUUAUGCUGUCCAGUCAAAAUAUGGAGACUUCAACAAAGAGGUGCACAAAUCAGGCUACCUUGCCAGUGACAAACUGCUCCCACAGAGAGUUCUGGAGCAGCACAAGCUUAACAAGGACCAGUGGGAAGAGAGGAUCCAGGUGUGGCAUGAGGAACAUCGAGGAAUGAUUAGAGAAGAUGCUGUCUUGGAGUACCUGAAAAUUGCACAGGAUCUGGAAAUGUAUGGUGUGAACUACUUCAACAUUAAGAACAAGAAGGGGUCUGAACUCUGGCUAGGUGUAGAUGCUCUUGGACUCAACAUUUAUGAGCAGAAUGACAGGCUAACACCAAAAAUUGGAUUCCCUUGGAGUGAGAUCAGAAAUAUCUCAUUCAAUGACAAGAAAUUUGUUAUCAAGCCUAUUGACAAGAAAGCACCAGACUUUGUAUUCUAUGCCCCUCGGUUACGGAUUAACAAACGAAUCUUGGCACUUUGCAUGGGGAACCAUGAGCUCUACAUGCGCAGACGUAAACCAGAUACCAUUGAGGUGCAGCAGAUGAAGGCACAGGCUCGGGAAGAGAAGCAUCAGAAACAGAUGGAGAGAGCCCUGCUGGAGAAUGAGAAGAAGAAGAGAGAGUUGGCAGAAAAGGAGAAGGAGAAGAUUGAGCGUGAGAAGGAGGAGCUAAUGGAGAGACUCAAGCAAAUUGAGGAGCAAACCAAGAAAGCUCAGCAAGAACUGGAAGAACAGACUCGCAGAGCUAUGGAGCUGGAACAGGAGAGAAAACGAGCUCAGGAGGAAGCAGAGAAACUGGCUAAAGAACGUAGAGAAGCAGAAGAGGCAAAGGAGGCCCUAUUGAAAGCAUCCCAUGAUCAACAAAAGACCCAGGAACAGCUGGCUGCUGAGAUGGCAGAACUCACAGCUAGGAUCACGCAGCUGGAGCUGGCCAGGCAGAAGAAAGAGAGUGAAGCCCAGGAGUGGCAACAGAAGGCACAGAUGGUGCAGGAGGACCUAGAAAAGACCAAAGAGGAGUUGAAGACUGCUAUGAGCACCCCUCAUGUCACUGAGCCCAUGCACUCUGAGAAUGAGCAUGAUGAUGAGCAGGAUGAGAAUGCAGCAGAAGCCAGUGCUGAGCUACGAUCAGAGGCCACCAUCAAGGACCGCAGUGAGGAGCAGCGCACCACUGAAGCAGAGAAGAACGAACGGGUCCAGAAACACUUGAAGGCUCUUUCCUCAGAGCUGGCAAAUGCUCGGGAUGAAACCAAGAAGACAGCCAAUGAUAUGAUCCACGCUGAGAACAUGCGUCUAGGCCGAGACAAGUACAAGACCCUCCGUCAGAUUCGGCAGGGCAACACCAAGCAGCGCAUUGAUGAGUUUGAGUCUAUGUAAACUCUCCCCUGCACCUGCUGCCCUGCACUCUCUUCUCCUCUCUUUCCCAUCCUCUCCCGUCAUUCACUCGUAAUCGUGCUACGCUGGAACCACUACAGAAGAGUGACCAUGGUCUUAUUUAUGGAGUUCUGGGCAAAUGCUGGAGUUAAGCGACAGAAGAAAGAAUAGUAUUUACAUCUUCCUGGGGUGGCUUGGGAAAGCAAAUGUGUACUGGGGCAAAUCUGAAAUUGUUUGGCUUUGGGGGUAGUCUCACUGCAUUUAGUUUUUUAUUGCUUACUGAAGUGGCUGUGUUGCUGUCCUCUCCUGUUGCGUGGGGAGGCCAGCAGAUACUUUUACUGAAUUAUGUAAAGUGCUAACAGUUUGACACUGUGCCUUCCUACUAACUUGCACAAGCUUCAGUAUUAAGCUUAGAAGCCAGGGUCUGAAUUUCUGACUUAAUACAGGGUCUGAGUCAUGUAGUUGAGAAGGGGAGGCUGGAGCCUAGGAAGAAGGGUUGGAGGUAGAAUAUGGACUUUCUUUGUAAAAGAUUAAAGCUUUUGUCCUUCAAACAUAAGCAGACCAAACAGAUUCUGUGGCAUUCCUGCUGGUGUUACCUUCUGUUGUUUAAUGAUGGAACUUUGAAUUUCCUAAUUAUGAGGAAGCAUUUGGAUUUUUUCCAGUGAUGCAGUGUGGUUUGGAGCCUUGACUUCCCUGCUUUCCAGAAGUUUUGUCUCUGGUAAAUGGCUUUGUUCACUGUCACUUGUCUGACUUGAAUGUGACCAGUGAGGCAGAGAUAGCUAAAGAACACUGCCUUCCUUCUUGGGUUUGCCAGUGGAAGCCUAAAGGGGUAGGUAGAAACGUAAAAGACUAAAAAUUCCUGUAGCCGUAUUUUUCCCUUGCUGAACCAGUACAUUUCUAGUCAUGUGAACAGGAUUUCAGGUUUUUCCAUAAGAGGCCUUUUAAGCACAUAGUCAUUGGUGCCUUAUGACUGUGUAUAGAUCUACUGUAGCUCAGACGUCUUUAGUUUAAACUAGAUGCAAUCAAAAAAGUCGUCAGUAGCUGUGGACCAAAAACUAUUCUGUACAAGACUGCAUCUCUCUCUUCCUGGCUUCAAGCAGCGUUUGAGGGGAGAGGAUCCUGAGAUAUUUGUCCAAUUGCUGCCUUAAUCCUCACUAGCAUUCUGCCAGAUCCCUGGCUCAAGUGCUUUUCCUUCCCCAGAAGGAUGCUUUGCCCCUUUGUAGCUUUGAGAACAGAAGGCUCUGUCUCUUAGAAAUGGGACACUAGUGGUUCUGAGACUGGUCCUGAGAGCUGUUUGUACCAGUUGUUGUAAUACCCACCACCUCCUGUCUUCCAAGCUACCCAUGCUGUAGCUACCCAGAAUCCUUCCUGCCAUUUCUGGGGAGGAAACAGCCAUGUAUGCUCAGGGUUGAAUUGGAUUUUGCCUUUUUCCUUCAUAGAAGGAAAUGUUAACCUUCAGAAGAUGUCUCUUAAAAAUGGAUUCCACCUACAAUGGAGUCCUGCUUUGCUUUGCCCUCCUUGAAUAGCCUGUCCCUAUAGGAAGUCAUCAAGCUAGCCUAUGAUUUAUUUUCUUGCCUAGCAUGAUCCUAAAUCUUGUGACUUUCUCAGUUUUGUGGAUUCCCCCUUCUUAUGGUAUCACUGCUAGUGGUCAUAGAAGGAUAACCUCUGAAUGCUAGAGCGUUUUCAGCUCCCUGCUCUAUGGGAAAGGUAAAGGGGGACUGUGCCAAAAAGAAUGUUCAUGAUAGUGUUAAUAAACUGCAGUAUUUCACCAAGAAUUCAUUGGGCCACUGGAAACAACCUUACCAGUGCUGUAUUAUUUUAUUUCUUGGAAGCAAUACAAGUCUGUGUGGAGAUCCACACAAGUACCAACCUCUGUUAGGAGCAUAGCUUAGCGUGUUGCUUCUAUACAUCCAGAUAAGUCAUGUGAGAGUCCCUUUCUUUCCCUUGAACACAGCAUGCUUUUGGGGGACACACAACAUGGUAAGCUUUUGCUUGGCCAAAAACACAUGCUGCAGUACUUCAGAAGUCACAAAUGAAAGAUUGCAGUUAAAUUUGUCAGAAGUGAUUUGCAUAUUUCUAUACUGAAGGGUUAUUGGCACUGGCUCUACGUGAGUCUCAUUACUGGGGGAACAGACAACCCUUACACUUCUGUUUGGUGCUUUAAAGCUGGUUCUCGGCAUUCUGCUCUGUCCAUGGCAACUAUUGAUGCAUUUGGAGGGAGAAAAGCCUUUACUACAUUUUACAAAUUUCCUAACAAGCUGAUGUAUGGUGCCUGGAAUAUGUGUUCAAAUAAUAAACCAGUAAACUUUUUCUGCUUUGAUGGGUCACACAACACUGCUGAGCUCAUGUAUUAUGAUGCUGGCAUGACUUCUGUUUAUAGUAUUUUUUAAUCGUUCUAAUUCCAAAUGGUCCAAUAUAGGAAUAGAACGGCUUGUGCCAGUGAGUCCACCUAACUCUUUGUAGUUGUUUCAGCCCUGCUGCCUUUUUAACCAGUAUUAUAUUCCAGUGGUAUCUAAUGAUAUUUGAUUUCAAUACUUCUAGCUAUGCACAAUUAGAAAAUAUUAGUUAUGGGAUGGUGGAUGUGUUUAUGGUCUUCCUUCCCUUGGAAAUGUAUACUGUAUUGUAAAGAAAUGAUAUUUUGCAAGAAAACUAAUGUAAGAAGCUUUCAGUAUUACAGUGAGAUUUGUAGACACAUUUUUUAUUUGUUAGAUUACAGUGAAUUGUUCUUCUCCAUGUUCCAGUUUAAUUGGAUAACUACUCCUCUUGAGGGUGGGGGG